GCCCACCACAUCACCCUGAGCGAAGAAGUCACUUCAAGCUUCUCCACCAGACUCUGGAGGGAGGCCAGCACCUCAGGCAAGGCAGCCAGGCCGGAGAGGACCCGCAGGCAGUCAAGGAGCCCACUGCAACCCUGUGGUUCGUGAUCAGCACAGCCCCAGAGUCCAGUCACCAUGGACUCUGCAGAGUAUGUGCUCUGCAAAUGGAAGGGCCAGCUGUGGCCUGCAAGGGUCUUGUCGAGACCCAGGACCUCAGCCCAUAGUAAGAGGAGAGGGGCACCUUUCCUGGAGGUGCAAAUCCUGUCAGUGGGUGAGAAGACGAGAGUGAGGAGCACCGAAGCAAAGCCCCUAACCAAGUCCAAAAUCUUAGCCGUGGCCUCCUUGGCAGGGAAGGGGUCACAGGGCAGUGGCUCGCCAGGGCAGACCAGGGCAUACAAGAGAGCCCUCAAGGUGGCACUGGAUGUUCUGGGCGAGGACAGUCACUUGUUUCCAGGAAGGAGGGCACAAGGCCAAAGAACCAGCAUGGAGGCUCCAAAGGUUCCCAAAGAGCAGGCCAGCUCCAGCCCAUGCCAGAGCCUUCGCCUAAAAUCGUGCAGUCAGAGAAGCCAAGGGCUCUCCCAGAGGAGUCCUGGGAAGCAGCGGGGCCGCCCCCGGGGUCCUGUGGUGAGGAGCUCACAGAAUGUGCCUGCUGUGCAAGGGGGGAAAGCCCAGGCGCACAGUGCUGUUGGGCCCCCUCACUUUGAAGGGCAAGGGAGUGUGCUAAGAGGCAGCAGAGUGUGGCCAAGGUCCCCAGCACCUGCAGGAAAGGCUGCUGGUAAUCCAGGCAAGAGAAAGCUGAGUACAUCCAAGCACAGGCCUCGGAGUGCCCCAGCCUCCACGGAGGGCGCCCAGGCUAAAAAUGAGCAGCCGGCUGCCUCUGGGCCACCAAGGAGGAGGAGGAGGUGCAUCUCCACCUCGCCCAAAGCCCCGAAGCCACAAGCAAGAGCAUCAUGUGCAGGCCUAGAGAUCCGGGCUAUUGGAGGCCAGAGGAAGAAGACUGCCCUCCCAGAAGACAAGGAGGACCCCAGCCAGGGGACCCUGAAGCCGGUUGGAAAGGGGUCAUCAGCAGCCCACGUGCCUCCUAUCCAGAGGCUGCGGAGGUCACUCCGCCUUGCCAGCACAAAAAGGAAGAUCCACGUGCUGUGUCCCCUGUGCAGGGUCCCGGAACUGGAAACUCAUGUGCACUCAAAGGCAGCCAGCACCAGGUUCCAGAGGAGAGGGGCUGCGAUUCAAGAAGACAGCCAAGCCACCAAGGUGGCUUCUUAUGCCCAGGGUACGAAUACCAUUGAACGAGGAAUGCUGGUCUGGUUCAAAUGUCAGGACCUUCCUUUCUGGCCAGCGGUGGUCAAGAGCGUCAGCCAACACGACAAGAUGGCGAGGGUGCUGUUGAUCGAGGGCAACAUGCAGCUUGAGCGCAGGGGUGUCCGCGUCCCUCUCUGCAAGCUGAAGCCUCUGGACUGUGGGGAGAAGAGAUCGCUCUUGAGGAGAGCCAGCAGAGUGUACGGCCCGGGCAUCAGCUGGUGCUUCUCAGUGAUCGACCACUACAGAGAGGGCCUGGCCUGUGGCUCCUCCCUGGGCUCCUUUAUGGACUACUACACCUCCCCAGCCAGCUCCCCGCUAAGGAGGGCCAUCCAAGAGGGCGACCUGCACAUUGACUUCCCCAAGGUGAGCUAUGCCGAUUUGGAAGACUGGGAGGAGGAGACGACCCUGGCUGGGAAGGGGCCCUGCAGGAAACUCCUGCCUGACCGCACCAGGGCUGCCUGGGACAGAGCCAACAAGAAGAUCGUAGACUUCAUCGUCAAGAGGAAGGGGGCCGACCAGCACCUGCUGGACAUCGUGAAGGGCAGAAAACAGUCCAAGCGGCUGGACGACCUCCGCACAUCCAAGAGGGACGUCUUCUGCGUUGAGACCUACCUGGAGGAUGAUGACCAGUUGCAUCUCGUGGCCAGGCAUUUGCAAGAAAUAGCCAAGGAAUCAGAUAAGGCCCUGCUCUCCCUGACAAGAGGCGACAUAGUGCGCUUUACCAUGGAGGUUCUUCUUCCAGAAGCAAUCAUCUGCUCCAUCGCUGCCCUGGAGGAGCUCAGCUACAAGGAGGCAGAAGAGAAGUACCUGCGUGGCCCGCCCGUGCACUACCGCGAGAAAGAGCUCUUCGACAAGACCAUCUUAAAGGCGGCCCACAAGAGGUCAGCAGCCAGGGUUCUGACUGCCAACGCCCCUCCUGCGCUUGGCCCCACUUCUUAG